AUGUUUGAGGCUCUGGACUUCACAUUCACAGACCUGGCUGCCUCCAUUAUCCUGGUCGGCGUCAUGCACCGCAGCCGCGCGCGCGCCGCCGGCCACUGGGGCUUUGGGCGCGUCGGGACGCACCAGGCGCUGUAUCGGUCAGACAGCGAGCCCGCGCCCCCGCGCCCAAAGUCGGCGCCCCCGGCCGACGAGGCGGCGGCGGCGGCGCCCGCGGGGCUGAGCCCGGGCGCGAGCAUGGAUUUGGCUUGGGCCGGCGCGAGCACGUGCGGCAGCGCGCGCGGCAGCGCGGGCGGUGCCGACGACGGCGGCGGCCGGCGGCGCCGCGGCAGCGGGUGGCUGGGCGAGGCGGCGGAGCGGGGCCCGUCGCGGCUGGCGGGCGCACGGCACACGGGCGGCGGCGCGUGGGUGAGCUGCAGCGGGAGCGCGUGCUCUGCCGCCACAGGCAACGGCGGCGGCGGCGGCGGCGGCGGCGGCGGCGGCGGCGUGGGGGAGCAGACUGGCGGCGUGGGUGCGUGGGAUGAGGACGGGGAGGGAGACGCGCUGCUGGACGUGCUGAAGGAUGCAGAGUAUUGGCAUAGAUACGCGACGGCGAUCUAUGGGUGGCCCAUGUUUCUGUGGUUCCGAAAGUACAGGGCCGUCUGCUGCUGCGGCCUCCUGCGGGCCCGCCAGUGGCCCUGGCAGCGCCGCGGCUGCGCAUGCGCGGAGCUUGUGUUUGCGGGAGAGGACCCGGAAAUCGGCGCCGCAAAGGCGCCAGCCGUGGCGGGACCCGCAGUCACUGCGCCGGCAGCAGCUGUCGAGGCGCCUGCGAGCGCGGGUGCGGCGAGCGCGGAGGCGGCGGCGGAGGCCGUGGCCGCGGCCGGCUGCUGCCUGGCGGGGUGCUGGGGGCGCGGCGCGGCGGCGGAUGCGGCGGCGGCGGCGGCGGCACGGGCGUCGCCCCUGACUGUGUCUCAGUGGCUGACAGACAACGCGAUCAAGCAGACCGUGAAGAUCGACGACUCUGACCUGCUGUACAUCAACUAUGAGAACUUUCUGGAGGGCCUUCUGCCAUACAUGGUGGCCCUCGACACGCGGCCUCUGACCCUGCUGGGCGGCGGCUGGGGGUCAAUCACCAAUGUCAACGCUGAGCCGCGCCGUGCUGCACCGCGCUGCGCCUUGUGA